AUUCGGAUCAAUCCUCCCUAUUGUUUCGCCUGUCUAUAAACGCCAUUCAUCUACAGAGGACAGCGCGAGUUACUCAUCGAGCAGAAGAGAAACGCAUUGUUGUAUCUGAAGGCGGCUUUAGUGCAGCAUCGCAGGAUGGCUGAUGUCAGCACAGAAUGCAACAUCAGGGUGUUGUGUCGCUUCAGACCCCUGAACCAAUCCGAGAUCCUCCGAGCGGACAAAUACAUCCCCACCUUUCAAGGAGACGACACUGUCAUCAUCGGGGGGAAGCCGUAUGUGUUUGACAAAGUCUUUCCCACAAACUGCACACAGGAGCAGGUGUAUAACACGUGUGCCAAACAGAUUGUCAAAGAUGUUCUGGAAGGUUAUAACGGCACCAUCUUUGCGUACGGACAGACGUCGUCUGGUAAAACCUACACUAUGGAGGGAAAACUGCAUGAUCCGGACGGAAGGGGAAUCAUCCCGAGGAUCGCGGAAGACAUUUUUAACCACAUUUACACCAUGGAUGAAAACCUGGAGUUCCACAUUAAGGUUUCCUAUUUCGAAAUCUACAUGGAUAAAAUCCGUGACCUACUUGACGUGAGUAAGACAAACCUGUCCGUGCAUGAAGACAAGAACCGAGUUCCCUAUGUGAAGGGAUGUACUGAACGUUUCGUCUCCAGUCCUGAAGAAGUGAUGGAUGUCAUUGAUGAAGGCAAAGCCAACCGCCAUGUUGCUGUUACAAAUAUGAAUGAGCACAGCUCCAGGAGCCACAGCAUAUUCCUCAUCAACAUCAAGCAGGAGCAUGUGGAGACCGAGCAGAAGCUCUGUGGGAAACUUUACCUGGUGGACCUGGCCGGGAGCGAGAAGGUGAGUAAGACCGGUGCAGAAGGAGCCGUUCUGGAUGAAGCCAAAAACAUCAACAAGUCUCUGUCUGCGCUGGGGAACGUCAUAUCAGCUCUGGCCGAAGGAACCAAGACUCACGUGCCGUACCGAGACAGUAAGAUGACGCGGAUCCUGCAGGACUCUCUGGGAGGAAACUGUAGAACCACGAUGUUCAUCUGCUGCUCACCUUCAGCCUUCAACGACGCAGAGACCAAAUCCACCCUGAUGUUCGGACAACGGGCAAAGACCAUCAAGAACACGGCGUCUGUGAACCUGGAGCUGACGGCAGAGCAGUGGAAGAGGAAAUAUGAGAAAGAGAAGGAGAAGAACAAGAACCUGAAAGAGAACAUCCAGAGACUGGAGGCGGAGCUUAACCGCUGGCACAACGGUGAGUCUGUCACGCCGCUGGAUCUCAUGGCUGUGAUUCCUGUCGAAUCUGACGUCAGUGAAGACGCAGCUUUAGACAAUCAGAGUCUCGACGUGUGUGAGCGAAUCCCAGAGGAACACAAGUUCAAAUAUGAGGAAGAGAUACGCAAACUCUACAAACAGCUUGACGACAAGGACGAUGAGAUUAAUCUACAGUGUCAGCUGGUGGAAAAACUGAAGGAGCAAAUGCUGGAUCAAGAAGAGCUGCUAGCUUCGUCGCGUGGAGACAGUGAGCGUGUUCAGUGUGAGUUGAGUCGUCUUCAAGCGGACAGCGACAGCGCAAAGACCGAGGUGAAGGAGGUUCUGCAGGCGCUGGAGGAACUGGCUCUGAACUACGACCAGAAGAGUCAGGAGGCUGAAGACACGAGGAUCCACAACAGACGCCUCAUCGAGGAGCUGUCGCACAAAACCUCGGAUCUGAUGUGUUUGGAGGCGGAGUUUUCCCGGCUACAGGAAGUGAGCAGCCAGCAGAGGAAGCGCAUCACUGAGGUGUUAAACACUCUGAUGAAGGAUCUGAAUGACUUCAGCUUCAUCCUGGGAAACGGAGAGCUCAGACUGCCGUGUGACCUGUCCGGUGUGCUGGAGGAGGAGUAUGCCGUGGUGUGUGUGUAUUUGAGCAAAGUGAAGUCUGAGCUGAAGUCAGUGGUGAAACGCUGCGGACAACUGGAGGCUUUACAGAACGACUGUCACCGAAAGAUGGAGGAGACCGGCAGAGAACUGUCAUCCUGUCAGCUGCUCAUAUCACAGCAUGAAGCGAAGAUCCGCUCUCUGACUGAAUACAUGCAGAAUGUGGAGCUCAAGAAACGACAGCUGGAGGAAAAUUAUGACUGUCUGAGUGAAGAACUCGCCAAACUACAGACCGCAGAAAGUGCUCAGGAUAAUCCGCAGGACCCCGACGAGUCUGGAAGCAGAAAGAAAGCAGACGCUCAUCGUGAGCCGCAGCACAAGCAGCUCGGCCGACUGCGUGACGACAUCAACCACAAACAGAAGAUCAUCGACGAGCUUAAAGAUGAUAACCAGAGGCUGUGUCUGCAGCUGGAGCAGAUGAGCGUGGAGUUCAGUGUCCUGAAGAAGCGCGAGCAGGAGAAGAGCCGACAGCUGGAGGAGCUCCGAUAUCUGCAUGAACGUCAGGAGCAGACCAGGAAGGACAUGAAGGGUCUGGAGGAGACCGUCGCUCGUGAACUGCAGACGCUCCACAAUCUGAGGAAGCUGUUCGUUCAAGACCUGACGACUCGAGUGAAGCGGAGCUCUGAGCUGGAGCUGGAUGACAGCGGAGGAUGCUCCACACAGAAACAGAAGAUCUCCUUCCUCGAGAACAACCUGGAACAGCUGACCAAAGUCCACAAACAGCUGGUUCGUGAUAAUGCAGAUCUGCGCUGUGAGCUUCCGAAGCUGGAGAAGCGUCUUCGCUCCACGGCGGACCGGGUUCGAUCUCUGGAGGACGCUCUGACAGACGCUAAAGAAGGAGCCAUGAAGGACCGCCGGAGAUACCAGCAGGAGGUGGAGCGGAUCAAAGACGCCAUGAGGGUCAGGAACGGCUUCCGACGGCCUCACGCUGCACUCAUCGCCAAACCGAUUCGCCCAGGACAUUACCCCGCCUCCUUAUCCACCAAUCACAUGUUCGUGCGCAGCAGGGAUCAGCCAAUCACGUUCAGCAAUGCCAUGUUCAACAGCGACACUGAAAAACCAGUGAAGAAGACGCUGUCGGAGGCCACACACAAACCCAACAUCACCAACGGAGAUGCCACAGAUGUGAAUGAGAACAGCGAUGAGACAGCAGAACAUCUCCAGCACACACACACACUUCAAGAGCAGCGCGCCGCCUGCUGAACACACAGGCGACCUGUUCUUCUGAAUCUUUCUCUGUUUAUUUGCAUGUUGCCUGCAGAUCCAGUGAUGAAUAUGAACUCGUCUGUCAUGAAACCUCGGAUCGAAGUGAACUGAAAACUCAAAUAAAACGAGUUUUCAAUAAACCAUUUUCCACAAGCCUUUAAACCAAUUACUACCUACUCUUUUUAAAGAAAUAAUUAUUAGGAAUUAGUAAAAACUACAUAGA